AUGCAAGCGCCCAGACCGGCCAGGCAAGUGAGGCCUUUCUUGAUGGUGAAGCUCUUGCAGAGAAGUGAGAUUCUGCCUCUUUACGCGUACACAUGGCCGAAAUCUGCUCUGAAGGAAUGCAUGCUCCGAAGUGGAGCGAGCACUGCAGAUGCGUUCCAGGAUGUGCAGACCGUAGCGAGCUUCAACGCGCGAGGAAACGACAGCCAGCACCUUCUGGCCGAGUGGCCAGCAGCAGCUAUCGGGCAAAGAGGUUCCUACAUAUUACACUUCGAAGGGGUGCAUUCGUUGAUGGUUGUAGGAGCGACAGCGACCUGGUGCUGUGGUCUUUGGACGGUCCUGGGUCCAGUUGAGUUUGCAGAGUCCUUUGCCAUGUUGCAGCACUUACAAGUGCACCGCGUCGUGAAUGUAGGCUAUGCCGCGCAAUGGAGCAUGCGCCAGGACUACUUAGGCGGAAGCAAUCUGCGGCAGGGCACAGCUGAGGGACCGCUCGAGUCGCAAGUGCGGCGUGGUGCUGCAAAGCAGGCAGCGUCGGAGCUUGGAACUUGUCUACCAGUUAAGGACGACCGUGUUAUGAUAGUGCAGCCUUCGUGGCUUCAGCUAAUCCUCGAGGGCAAGAAAACUAUGGAAUUGAGAGGCCGCCGCGCAAAGUGUGGUUGGGUCUGGCUUGCCCAGAAGAGCAGUAUCAUGGGUCGUGCGCGCAUAGCCGCUUGCCAGAGGAUCAGCCUGGCCACAUUCUUGAAGUAUCGUUCUGCCCCCCGCGUCCACCAACCUGGCCAACCCUACAAGAAAACGUUUGCGCUAUGGCUGACAGAUGUUGCGGCGCUUGCCAAGCCGGUCCGCUUCUUCAAGCCCUUCGGGGUCGUUGGUUGGGGGCGUGUGCGCUACCACCGCGACACAGAAAAGAAGCCGUGCAAUCCAAGCAUUGGAGGACUGUGCAACAUCGGCAACACUUGUUUCAUCAACUCCGUGCUCCAGGCGUUGUUUCACAUGCCUUGCGUGAAAGAUGUACUGGACAGCAGCCAAAGAACGUGUGGGUCAGAAGAGUGCGCUUGGUGCCUGCUGCGACGCACCUUGCAAGCCCGGGACCGUGGCUGCGCUGACCGGCAUUGCAUGGAGGCGUGGGUUCCGUGGCUCAGCCGAUACCACUUGGAUGCGGGCGGCAGACAGCGCGCUUCUUUUCGCCCAUGCGCUGUCCAACACAUUGUUGGAGCAGCAGGACCGCAGCAAGCCCUCGUGUCGUGUCGACAUGGAACCUGGUCAGUGCUCAUGGUGGAAAGUGAUGCCGCCAAAGAGUCCAAGCUGUCAGAUCUAUUGGUGCGGUAUCUGGAACCACAGCAGUUGUCUCUGCGCUGUGAGUCGUGCAAGGCCGCAAGGACUGGAAAUCUGCACGUUUCCAUUGAGGGUUUGUCAGAAGCAGUUCUUUGUGGACUUACAAGAGCUGGUGCAAUAACCGAAGAUGGUGUGCAACUACGUCAUCACAGCCCCAUUGACUGCGAGGCAGAGCAGCAAGUUGGAGGCGAAGAAUGUGGUCUCGUGGCACUCGUGGAGCAUGUCAGUGGGGAGGCUGGUGAGUCGCGGUCAGGCCAUUUCGUUACGUGGGCCAAAGAAGGGACUGGAUGGAAAUGCUGCGACGAUGCAAUCGUCAAGCUUCACCCGAAGCUACCGAGAACAGUUCCUUCGAACGUCGUCUUAGCGUUCUACUCCAAACGGCAAGCCGCUGCGCGCGAAGCCAGGGAGUUGAAAGCACCCUCUGCGGGCCAGACUCAGACUAUCCGCGCAUCUCAGGAACCAUCCGCUCAAGUCGCAGAGUCAGUUGAAGCGUGCGCAAGCACGCCCAGAAGCAGGCAAGCUCGCGAAACUGCCGAAAUGCCGCAGGGCUUGCUGCCUCAAGACAGCGACGGCCAUCUUCAGUUUGAAGCUUCCGUCGCGGCAUUGCUGGAAACAUACGAGUCCGGUGAAGAUUGCGCGCCGACGCUAGCGUCCUUGCCUUUGUAUUCUUGCGAAGUUCUUGAUCCUUCCUGGAGCGACUUGCGUGGUCGACUUGACAGAUGCUUGCAAGAAUAUGUGCAAGGCAAGAUCGUGGCGGCCGACGCUGUCUAUCUGGCGACCCCCAUCUGGAGGACAACUUUUUUCCUUAUCGCAGUCCUGCUAGAGGCCUGGUCGCGAACGACAGGAUUGCCGACCCUCUUUUACAUCGAUUCCUUCUUCGCGCUGUUGGCCAGCUUGUUGAACAAGCAAGUGAGUUAUAAUGUUGCAGGCUUCGAUGUGCGAGCAAGAUACUGGGCCGUCGGCACGGCGUCGCCGGGCUCCGGCAAAAGCCCGGCUCUGGAUCCCAUGAAGGAGGCGCUGUUGGAGGUUUUGCGGGAAGACCCCGACCUCGCGCCGGGCGGGCCCGGUGACGGUUUCCACGUGCAACCGGUGGGCACCCAUGCUGCCGCUGAGGUUACCAAUUUAUCGGAGCAGGGGAAGGAGGCCCGGUUCUGUGCCCAGCAUGGGCGUCCUCUUCGACAUGGACUCAAGGAACGCACAUUAACUGGCAAAGAUAUUUGGACGGAGCUACAGCGACAGGCACGUCGACGCAGUGCAGCCGCGGAAGAGCACGAUGUCAAUGUCGUCGAUGAAACAAACGUGUCCGUCGUCAUUCUCCAGCAAUGGUCCUUGCUGCCCACGUGGUGGGCAGCUUCAGAAGAAAAGUGCAGCAUCGGCCUGGCUGGGCGCUUUGUUUUUUCCUUUGCUGCUGCCGGCGAGCCUGGGCCUCCGCAAACAGCACAGUUUGGACAGCAGGUUGCCCUGCCUAUCCUGAAACGCAUCUUCCGAAUUGUGCUGCGAACCUUGGGGCCACACUCUCCACUGCCCACCGACAGCCCUCUGCUGAGCUGGGUCGCAGACGCCGAAGGAUUGCAGGCCGUGUGCGAGUUUCCGGCUGCUGUCUGGCCGUGCGCAGCAGGCGGCCGAGACGAUGUCGUUCUACAUGCACAUGUGCAGCGUGACUCGUUGAAGCUUGCCGUGGAGUUCUAUACUUCCAGGUUUUUGCAAGGUGCAGCAGUGCUUUCUUCAGAUGUGCGCGGUCGCACCUGGGUCAGGAAGCGGCCGCCUUGCAUCGCCAAAGCGAGCCAGCGGUGGAACCUCGCUGCAUUGCUGCUUCUCAAGAGUUCGUGCGGCGUCAGCAUAACAGCAGCCGUGGCCCAAAGAGCAGGCCCGAUGUUCCGCGGCCUUGCAGCAAGCCCCGGAACGGCGACCCGCGCAGCAGCGGAAGCGGCUUAUGUGGAAGCCCUGGAGUAUCUGCGCGUGCGGGGGUUUGGGGUUGUGCAGCCAGCCCUCGACGGCAAGCUCCCUGUGUUCCUGAAGAGACACUAUCAGUCUUUGCCGCAGUCUUCCAGAGAGCAGCUGGCCCAAGCGCACGUGCCAGGAACCGUGUUUGGUUUGCAUAUUGCAGAAGCAAGUUGCGCUCGCCCAGGCGCCGACGCAGCAGCAUUCUCAGUCGGCUUGGCUGCGCCCGACGCAGCAGCCCCCGUGGGCAGCUUGGCUACGGUCGCGCUCUCGGAGGACAACACCGAAGUCAUUGGAAAGACAACAAGCAGCUCCGACAGCAAGCCGCGAAAUCGGCAAGCUUCUGCAGCAGGCAAACUCGCGGGCAUUUCGGCUGCAAGCAUUCCAGACAAGGCUGGUAAGGUAAGGAUUGCCCCAGUUCGUCAACGCCUUGUGAAGCGGCGGAAGAAGCAACAGUGCGUAAUCCACCAGGGCCCGGUGGACAUGUGCAUCCAGAGCUACACGAGCUUUCGAGAAGCAGUGGAGCAGGUACUAGGCUUGAGCAAAGACGCAGGCAUCUAUGAGUUCCACGGUCUGGGGCUGGAGCGUGGUGUACGCAGAUUGAAAGGCGCGCAGCGGGUGCGUGCAGAAUUUGGCUUUGAGGCCGGGCGGCCGAGUCUGAAGGUUCGCACGAGGGGCAAGCAUGGGGAACUUGCGAAGCCAACUGGUGGAUCUCUGUGGACAGUGGCCGAGGAAGUGGCGAUCCGCAGAAGCUGUAAAGAUGCAGAAACCCUCACGAGUGUGAAUGUUCGCCAGUGUCUGAAGCAGGCGGGGCUAAACCUUCGAUGCGAACCACGGCAGCUUCACCAAUGGGUGACAAGACAAAAAGUCAAGCUAGGAGUGCAGACGAAGCGAGGGCCAACGUCUGUUCGGGCAGGGGAACUACAAAUUGCGGCGGCCUCUUUCCUGCUCAAAGAUCUUGGAACGUGGGAAACGCUGCCUUUGCAUAAGCUCUUCGUCUUGCAGGAUCCAGCACCUACCUUCAAUGAAGAGCGUGUCUGCGUCGCGUGGACUUGCCCAGGCAUGCUGCGGCGGGCUCGUGCCGCGCAAGGAAAGGUGAUCAAGCUGGCCAUCGACGGAAAGCAAGGCAUCCUCAUCAACGACUAUACCGUCGUGACCGUCAGUUUUCUGGUGUGCAGUGAGCAGGUCAGACCGACAAGACAAGGCGGUGCCAGGACAGGCAGUCGCCAGAACGCUCACACCCUGACCCAGGAGCCGUUAGCCCAGGCGCUCAUGAACACGGAAAAGGAAGCCAACGUUUCGCAGUUCCUACGCACGCUGGAAAACGUGGCUAGCGAAUGCUGCGGCCUUGACCUAAGCUACCAGGUCUGGCAAGUCCACAAAUACUACGCCACAAGCAUCGAGGCGCAGAACAGUUCCGCAGCAGAGGACGAAAGCAAUGCAAGGCGGUCGAAGCCAGCCGAGACGAAGUCUUUGCAGCUGCUGGAGAGAGUGAUUCAACUGAGUCGGUUCUUGCAGACUGUUGUUCUGUUUGAUGCGGUGUGGCAACUAACUUUUUCGUGGUUGGAGACCGUCAGCAAGAAAGCCGCGACCUACUUGAAGCAGACGUACUUUCACAAAGUGCCAGUCUCGAGCCUUCGCAAGCAGAUGCAUGUAGGGCAGCCGGUGGGGAAGUCCGAGGAUGCCAGUUGCUGGUUCGCCGGCUUCUGGGCAGGCGUAACUGGCACAUACCCAGGAACUGGGUCCGGGACUCAGUCACUGGAGAGCUUUCACGCAUACUGGCAGGCGCAGGUCCGGUCCAAGGUAAGGACAGCUCCACCGACAUAUUCCGAGCAAUGGAAGAUUUGUACGAGACCGACUGGUGCAAGAAGUUCAUGUGGGAGGAGGCGCGAAGCUUCUUGA